AUGCGUUUCCAGAUUUUUGCAAGCACCUUUGCGUUACCCGGAGCAGCUUUUGCUUUCUCAGAUUCCUCACCAUGGGUGCUAUUGUCGAGUUCAAAGAUUUCGCAACCGGUCAACACGAACCAGAUUCAGACGAGCUCUGAAGUGAUAUCAUUCACCAAGCACGUACUCGACGAAUGCCCUACCGACCGAUACCUGAUCGUGACACAACCUGGCAUCAAUGCCGCGGAUCUGAGCCAGACGGACUGUUUGAUGCCUCGCAUCUGCAAGUCUGUCGAAGGCUCUAGGGUCAAGGGAAAAUACACUGUAGCCGAGGUCAUCGGAGAUGUCACAGAAGCCAGACUCGACGAGUACAUCAAUUCAGCGUGCAGGAUGAAGGGAAAGACUGUCAAUGUGAACUCGGUUCAGCUAGGGUCGUUUUCACCACCUACUAGGGCUCAAGAUCUUGCCAGCAACGAUGCAUCGCUUGCUCCUGAACUGGAAGCAAUUACAUCUUCUGACAGCUACACGAUCCUGCUCUAUGCGACCCCCCGCGAACCACUGUACGAGUCGGAGUUCAUCGAGCCGUUGCAUAUGGGAAUGAAGCGGGAUACUAGAGACGUCCACCUCCAGCAAAACAACGACACAGAGUUCAACAAAUUGCCCCUGUUUCAGAAGUAUCAAUUUUUCACCCCCGGUAUCUUCAUGGCGCUUAUCGUCGCCAUUGUUUUUUUUUCCAUUAUCGGAGCCGGUAUCCGCGGCCUUGCUAGUCUCGAGGUCUCGUAUGGCGCAUUCGACAAGGAGAUGGGCCCGGCAGCUCAGAAGAAGCAGCAGUAA